UUUUCGAUUGUGGACGGCGAAUUCGAGGUCCAACGACGUGUGGUAUGAGCAAAGGAGCACAAGACUUGUUGCUUGGGAUCGUGGAAGCGCGAAAGGUGCAUGUAGCUGAUGCGAAGAAGGUGACGAGCUCGACGGACUUGCGGGAGAAGAUUGCUGCGUACGAAGCGAAGCAUGGUGCAGCGGUAUCCAUCCUGGACAAGAUUCGACAGAGCGCUCCACGCCUCGCCGUCGCUGCUGAGUUCAAGCGAGCCAGCCCUAGCAAAGGAGACAUUGCCGUUGACGCCGAUGCGCCGGAGCAAGCGAUGCUGUAUGCGCAAGGUGGCGCGAGCGUCAUCUCUGUAUUGACGGAGCCUGCACGCUUCAAGGGGUCGCUCGACGACAUGCUGGAUGUCGCGCUCAAGGUCGAGACGCUCGGCACCGCCCGUCGUCCUGCCGUUCUGCGCAAGGACUUCAUCUUCGACACGUACCAAGUGCUGGAGGCCCGCGCGUACGGUGCCGACAGUUUGCUUCUGAUUGUGGCCAUCUUGACCUUGGACGAGUUGACGACGUUGCUGACGGCGAGCCGCGAGCUCGGCAUGGAACCAUUGGUGGAAGUAAACAACGAAGAGGAGCUGGACGUGGCUAUCCAAGCCGGUGCCAAGCUCAUUGGCGUCAACAAUCGCAACUUGCGGACAUUCAAGCUCGACUUGAACACGACAGUCGACAUUGCGAACGCCAUGCGCCGCCGCGGCAUCCCGCUGGAAGGACCCGACAGCAUCCUGCUUCUCGCGCUCAGCGGCGUCUUCACCCGCGAGGACGCUCUCAAGUUUGAAGAGUGCGGCGCCCAUGGCGUGCUGGUUGGGGAAAUGCUCAUGCGGUGCCACAACGUGAAAGACAUGAUUCAGGAGCUCAAGGGCGUUAGCAGUCACACCCAGGGCAAAACCCUCGUCAAGACAUGCGGGAUCACGGACGCCGAGACGGCACUCGUGGCGGCGAAACACGGCGCCAACUUGAUAGGGAUCAUCUUUGUGCCCAAGUCUCCGCGCCAUGUCGACUUGGACACCGCCGCGGACAUUGUCCAAGUCGUUCGCAAGUUUGGCGAGCGGUCGUCGCGAGUGACGAUUGAAUUGGAUACGUUUCCGUCGUCAUCGCCGUCGUCGAUGGACACCAUCUCGACGUGGUUCCAGUCGCAUGCGAAAAAACUGACGGCUGCGAGCGCCCGCACCCCGCUUGUCGUUGGUGUAUUCCAGAACCAAUCGGUCGAGUACAUGAACCACGUGGCCGAGACAGUCGGGCUCGAUUUGAUUCAACUGCAUGGCGACGAAGGGUUCGAAGUGUGCCGCGACCUCGUCGUGCCGGCGAUCCGCGUCGUCCACUUGCCUGGUUUCCACACUGGCGGCAGCGUCAACGUCGAAGCGAUCAAAGAAAACGUCCAAGCCGGGUAUGCGGUCGCGAUUUUACUCGAUACGGCCGUCAAGGGCCAAAUGGGAGGAACCGGCGCCGUUUUUGACUGGAACGUCGCGGCGAGCUUCGACCAAGCCGGCAUUCCGUGCCUCAUGGCUGGAGGACUGACACCGCUCAACGUGGCACGUGCGGUGCAGGUGGCAACGCCUCUCGGAGUCGACGUGAGCAGCGGGCUCGAGGAUGGUACGCCAGGCGUCAAGAACCACAUGAAGGUGCAGCAGUUUAUCCGCAACGUUGUCCAACCCCCGCUGUCGAGCCUGGACAGUGUCGAAGAAGACAACUCGUGCGAUGAUCGCAAGUAGGACGUUGUCGACUUGCGACGUUGGCCCGUGCGUUCGAAUGCUGCUAAUGCAAUCGGUUGUUGAGCUGCCGAUGGUCCGCUUGGUUGUUGGUUUGAAUGCCAAGUUUUGGGUCGUCGUCGUGGCU